AUGUCCUUGCCCGUGCAGACUGCCUCUCCAGGUACCCCAGGGUUCUCACGAGACACAGGGGAGAGAGACUUGCUAGCAGCGGCGCGCCGAGCACACAAUGCAAAGAACCGCUCUGAAAAGGAUGGACGACGACUCCCUCCUCUUGCUCCUCGACGACAGUCGCUUCGGCGCGUGAAAGACUCCAAAGAAGAGCUCCUUCGAACCCGCACUCGAGGUGUGAGCAACGCAACCCUCGAAUCCUCUACAACGAACAACACCGCGCCCUCGGGUCGCUCAUUCACGGUCGCCAACGUGAAUAACGGCAUCAUCUAUCUCAGACCUAUUGUCCGCGCUGGAAACCAACGUUCCCACCCUCUACCUGACCCUUUCGUGUUCCCUCCGCAGACACCUCCGGACAGCGCUACCCUCGACUCCAACGCCUUGUCCUCGCCGAACAAUGACUACGACCAGAGUAUCUACGGCUCGCGCGCAACUCCCCAAACUGAACGACCACCACCAGUGACCACGCACCAGGCGAAGACAGACGAUGAUCUCACGCAACUCCCACUGGCAUAUUUCAACACCUCUUCACCUCCCCGUCCGACCCCUCACGUGCGCUCCAGGUCUCUCUCCACGGCUGACGACCAUACCAUCAAUUCCCAUAGCACCGAACCAGGCACUUUCAGGAUCGUAAUCGAGAAGCCAAAUCAUUCCCGGCCAAAGACCGCAGACACGGGCACAUUCCCGCUUCUUGAAGUCCCAAUUCCUCACUACCGUCUAGGUACACCCCGGUUCAGCACCCAAGGCACAGCCAUACUCAGAAGUUCUGUAUAUACCCGAGCGUCUGCCACAGAAGACUUCCGGUCGUCUUUCCUGAACACCCAAAGAGCGAGGCAUUCAUUGUUGUCGUCCCGCCACCGGUCUGACGUGUAUUCGCCCGUUCCACCCAACUUCCGCACCACCUUGGAUCGCAUAGCCCUCAUGGAUCGGCAGGCAUCUAGCAUGCCAUCCUCUGCUCGAGUAUCCAAGAUUCCAAUCGGGCCGCAGUUGUAUGAUGCGAUCACAGUAAACCCGGACGAUCAAACUGUUGUAAAGUUCUCACCCACCGGAGACAUCCUCGGUGCAACACCCUCCCGCCUUGUUGCACACAUUACCUCGCCCAGUUUCCUGGACUAUGAAUUGCUAUCCGACUUCUUCCUCACAUUCAGAUCGUUCUUGUCCAGUCGAGACCUAGUGGCCUAUCUGAUUUCUCGGUUGCGAUGGGCCGUGGAUAGACAAGAUGAUUUUGGCCGAAUCGUGCGCGUGCGGACCUUUGUUGCGCUUCGUCAUUGGAUAUUGAACUAUUUUGUUGAUGACUUUGUGCCAAACUACUCUUUGCGUGUAUACUUCUGCGAUCUGGUCAACGCGUUGUACACGGACCUGAAGGCUAGGUCUGAUGGGGGCGGGGGAGAUAUCAAAAUCGUGGGUGAACUGAAGAAAUGCUGGAGGCGGACCUGCGCGUUGUAUUGGGAUGCCGAGGAUGGUAUUGGCAAGGACCUCGCGGAUGAUGACCUUCUGCCCGGAGGACAACCUGGAUCACAGAUAUCCCAAGACGAAAUCAUGCAACAUCUGCCCGUUCCCUCGACUCCUCCACGACAAGCCGGUAGCAGUACUAAAAGCGAUACUGCUCCAUCUAAUCCGAGCGAUCAAUUUGCCAGCAAGCAUAUGGACUGGGCACAAAGAUCUCGCCAUACCCCACAAAAUUCGCAGAGUUCACCAUACGUACCCUCCCAAGAAUACGAAGGGAACCAGGCCCCUCUGUCGCCAGCCAGCGAACAUAGCAUGCAAGUGGUGUCUUGCUCAAUUCCCGUGCGUGGUCUCGGCCUGAACAAAGCUGAACCCGCAAAUGAACUGCCUUUGUAUCCUCAUCCUGUGCCCCAUCCAGCCCCGGCUAGGUUUGCAGCAAGCCCUCAACAAGUAACGUCGGCAAAGAAAUCGAAUCGUCCAGCACAUGCCCAUAAACGAAGCGGCAGUUUCUCGGAUGCGUUGAGAGACCAUCGAGCACCUCUCUCGAUACCAAAGAAUGCUGCACCCGAUGCUGCCAUAUCUGCUGUCUCAAAUAUGCCUGGUACCCUGGUUCGUGGCGGUAUUUUCCAGCCUAGCUCUCCUUACAUCGACGUGAAGAAUGGAGGUCUGCGCCAUACAAGAUCUCACCUGGAUCUUGAACCUAUCGAUACAAGCAGUGGCGAUUUCCACAUGCGCCCAGGCCAUGCAACUAAUCCAGGCAUGAAGAAGCUCAUUGGUAGCGUCCGGCGUGCCUUGAGUUCGAGACAAUAUUCACCCUCAAGCCCUCACCUACCGCAUUCGCCGUACCAGCAUCAUGCGUCAUCCUCCAGAUCAUCCAAUCCGGCGACUGUCUCAAUCGUAUCAGGAGGCGUUCAUAAACGCAGGGCCACUCGUCCUCGUCCACAAGUUCGAGUUGACGUCCUUGCCUCCAAAGUUGGGGAAAGUUUCAAAGAAGCAGUCCAGGAGCAAUUGAGAAAUGAACAGCAACGCCAGAGCACAGUACAGCCUGAGUUAAGCGCAUUCGAAUUCGAGUUUGAACCCGGAACCACAUCGCCUCCAGGAGAUGGCAAGGCUCGGGAGCAGGAUCCGAGGAUAUACAGCAACAUCACUAGUGGUAGCAAAUCCAUUGUGAUUAUGGAUGAUACCGGCGCGCCUCCCCUUCCGGUUAUGUCUGGGGCCCUGCCUGCUCCUGUUGAUGCUGAAAGCGUACAGACUGUUAUAGAGCAGAAAAAUGAGACGGUGGACGAGCCUCCAACAGAAGAGGAUUCCGAUGCUCCCACGGUAGAUUUAUCCGAACGCCCGUCCUCCGCUGCUUUGCCUGAGCGCAAUGCUUCGCUCGACUGGAGACAAACCGCUCGCAGUUCCAUUCAGCGGUCCUUUUCAACUAAACGAAGAUCUGCUUCGGAGGGACGAGAGCAUAUGCAUUCGUUCCGUCGUCGCGGAUCCAAGAAAGGUUCAAUGAGUCGACCAGCGUCGCUCAGACGACAUGCAUCUCACAAUAGCGGAUUAGGGAGAAAGCAUUCUCCCAGUAUCGCCACAUUCCAAACAAUGUCCUCCGACAACGACCCUUUCUUCUUAGACCGCCAUCCACACGAGCAAGAUGCGGCUGGGCCUGCACGUCAACUUCGUCGGCGACCAGGCGGUGACCUUCGUGCCGUCGACAACGUGCAGGAUCUUGAGCAACAAAUCCAGCGACCACAUUCUACUGGCUCAAUCUCGAACCAAACACAUUCCAUCGCUAAUUCAGUUGUACUCCGGUCCGACCGUUACGAUCCUCAGAAUGAACGAGAUGACCACAACGAAGAUAGUCAACCACCCGAACCUCCGAAGAAAGCCAUUUCUCUGGUUGCUACACACUCUUCUCAGCCGAACUUACGACCAUCCUUUGAAGCCGAAGUUGCAAAACUCGCUGCUCUACCUGACGAUACGGAUGAUGACGGCGGCAUCGAAUCUGCCCUUAUGAAGCUCGAAGGACGAUAUGAGAAAAAGUCGCCAUCUCUACCUUCCCCCGCCAGUCCAGCCUUUUACGAGCCUGCCAAAUCAUCUGCAUCUUCCCAUACAUCUUCAGUACCUUCUGAUCAGCACUCAUCACAUACUGAAACCCAUGCAAAAUCGGAUGAUACUCUUCAUCGGCCCCUUGCUCCUCCAGAAUCCGAAGUUCAGGACAUGUAUAGGCUGUCCGGUGAAAACUUCAACAAGAGGCUUCCAAAUGUUCAAUCUUCUAUAGAGUCUGAAGACUCCUAUUCGUCUGUUCCUCUCCUCGACCGUGGUAUUAGUGGCAUCACCGAUGCUCAGGCCUCAGAUGCAAUGCAUUCCAUGGCCUCGUCCGCCAAACCGGCGCCACUAAACGUCAAUAGUCCCCCGUCACUCGCGGAUGGUGAUGCUACACCAAGGUUGGGAUCACCUAAUUCUUCGGUCGAGUACAUUACGGAAACAGAGAGCAUGAAGCGAAUACCGAGAAAUGGUACACGUCCACAAAGCUCUAUUGCUCGUGAAUCAUUCUUGCUCGAUGAUGACGAGGAUUUGAGCGACAUGGAUGAGGCCGGUUCUGGAGGGAGACCGCACUCAGACGACACAAGUCAUGGAGUGCGAAGCUUUUUCGACGAUGAGCCUGCUACCAUAGACGAAGAGCAAGAAGAUGGUCUUCCAACGCAUCCCAUGCGACACCCUCCUACGCCCCCACUCACCGCCAAUCGACUCAAGGAUUCUCCCCCUCCAGUAGACACAACUAUAUUCGAUCGCGGUCUGCCAACUCCUGGACUAACCCCUACAUCGCGCUUGAAUAACCAGUCGUUUGGACAGCAUUUGAACCACCCAUCUAGUCCGCCCAUGGAACCUGCGGUCGAGCUACAGGAGCUCAAAUCGACUGAUACCGCAAACCCUCCAGCCCAUCUACCGUUCAUCAUGGCGUAUGACUCGGAAGUCCUUGCCCAACAAUUCACCAUUGUAGAAAAGGAUGCAUUGGAUGAGAUCGACUGGAAAGAACUCAUCGAACUUCGCUGGAAGCAAUCGUCCCCCCAGAUCCGUGAUUGGGUGCAGUACCUCCGUACGCAAGAAGCCAGAGGAGUUGAUGUGGUGAUUGCUCGGUUCAACUUAGUGGUCAAGUGGGCGGUUUCCGAAUGUCUUCUCACGGAAAACAUCGAGGAAAGAGCUCGAUGCAUCGUAAAGUACAUUCACAUUGCGUCACAUGCUCGUCGUCUCCGCAACUAUGCGACCAUGUAUCAAAUCACCAUCGCCCUUUUGUCGGCCGACGUUUCGCGACUGAAGCGAACCUGGUCUAUGAUUCCCGCCGCCGAGAUGCAAACCAUGCGAGAGUUGGAGGCUCUGGUCCAACCAUUGAAAAACUUCCACAACUUGAGGAACGAGAUGGAAACAUCAUGCGUUGAGAAUGGAUGCAUUCCAUUCAUCGGCAUAUACACACGAGAUCUGAUCUACAAUGCCCAAAAACCACCCUUCCUAGACGCACCACCCGUCGACGGAGAACGACUUGUAAAUUUCGAGCGACACCACACAGCUGCCAUGAUCGUCAAAAGCCUCUUGCGUCUCUUGGAAGCGAGUUCCAAAUACACAUUCCAGCCCGAGCCUAACAUCAUCAGCAAGUGCUUGUGGUUGGCCGCGCUUGGUGACGAAGAGCUCACAGCGCUGAGCAGAAAGUACGAAUGA